UAGGUACAAGGAAAACAGAGCCUGAGCGCCCUCUUCAUCAACACCUCUAGACCCUUACGCCCUUCCCCUUCUCCCCUUCCCGCUUCCCUCACCUCACCCUAUUUCAUUGCACCUAGAUGUGCGCCUCGGUAGCAUGCAUACAUGCCCAGGUUCACAGCUUGUUGGGAAGAAGUGGAAGAGGCAGGCGAAGUGGAAGAAGCACCCAGUUCAUCAUUCAUCAUUCUUCGCAUGCGCCUUAGUCUUCCACCCUAUUCUCAACGAUAAUAAUCGUCUGGAACUCAGGGUAAUUUUAGAUGACUUGGUGGGAGUUGAUGUGCGCAAAUGCGCAGUCUCUUCUAUCCCCCGCCGCCGAUACGUUCGAGCGAAGAGGAGAUUAGGUGGAAUCGCUGCGAAAGCUGUAUGUGCUGUGUACAUGGCCAGAGUCUCGCUUCUGGCCGAUUGGAUCGGUUGCAUGGGGUUUGGUGGUUGAGGGGGGUCGGGUGCCGUCAGAGUCAUCCAUGGAUAGAUAGAUGGGGGACUUUGUUCGAUAGCGUUUGGCGGGGUAAUGAUUCACAACCAUGCAUCCUCUCCUGCAUGUAGGAACUCUCAAGGUCGAAGCGAGAAAAAGUUCAAUUCGGAAAAUGCAAGUACGUAGACGAUGGACAAG